AUGCCACGUUGCGUUCAACUUCUUGUCCUCUUCCUCAUAAUAUGCUCUCUACAUUUUGUUCUAGCUGAGGAUGAAUCUGAACCCGAAUGCACGAUAGCUAUAGAGAAUACCGGAAAUAUUAUUGACCUACGUAAAUUAAGAAGAGAGUCAGGAGAUGACUGGGAAGUUACGAACGAUAACAGUGAAGUUCAAUACAAGUUAAACGUGUGUCAUGCCACACAAAGACUGGAAGGAAUGGGUGCAUACGUCAAAGAAUCUGGUGACGGGCCUGUUGGUUUAGGGAAAUAUUCCUCCAAACUAGAAUACCGUAAUAAUAAAGCGGUAUUGACUUAUAAAACUGGAGAUCCGUGUAAAUACUCUUCUCUCCGUCGCGCCAGUGUAAUCUUCUUCAGCUGUGAUAAAUCAGUCGACGAGUCCAAUGCACCUGUAUUCGUAGCGGACGUGGAUAAAUGCGUAUAUGUCUUUGAAUGGCGAACGCCAGUGGCAUGUCCUGUGCCGAAAAAUCAAGAAGGCAUGACAGGUGUAGGAUUAUUCUUUACCAUAUUCUUCAUUGCACUACUUGUUUAUUUCGUAGGUGGAAUUUUUUAUAAUCGUAUGGUGCAUCACGCUUCCGGAAUUUCACAAAUACCCAACUCCGGUUUCUGGAAAGAAGCCUGGUGCUUUGUCAGAGAUAUGACAAUAAUAAUAUGUGCUCAACUCUCUCUGUCGAGUUGCACUCGAUCUUCGCAAAGAUAUCGGAAUGUUCCUGUAGAGGAGAGUAACAUCCUCAUUGAAGAAGAAGAAUAA